UCGAGCAUCCACGCACCUACAAACCGGAAACGCUGCCAGUCGCAAUGUGACUGCUCUGCUGCCACCUUAUGAGCUUCGAAAUGCCCGCCGACCAAAAUGAUUGACCUCCACAAUGACUCUGCGCGCCCUCCUCUACGCCUACGUGAUCGGCGGUCUGACCUUCAUCCCGUUGCUGGUCGCUGCCAUCCUCAUUCCAGCCUGGUAUUUGCUGCCGCGAGCGGAGCAAGGGAAGAGCAGUGGACAGCGAGAUGGAGAUGAUGGGGAAAAACGUGAUUCCAAGACACACCGCAAAGGGCCACACGCCCGGAGCUUCUCUGGUGAUGCAGCAGCGAGCGGCACAUUUGCUGUAUUGAGACGCUACGACUUUCAAGCUGCUCUCACUGCUCUGAAUGGGCGGACCAACAGCACUACAAGCGUAGGCGGAAACACCAUCAGCGAUGGCCUCGCGUCUCCAGAGGGAGCGACCAAUGCUUCCAGCGAGUCCGUAUACCAAAGCAUGUAUCGCUCCGUCUUCACCGGCAGCAAGAACAAUGGCAGCACCUCUUCUGUUUUGCACGACGCGAAUGGGCAGGAAGUCACCGCUGGUCGGAAACCGGUCCCUGCGAAUCUGUUAUACAUUGUGCUACGCCACGGCCAUUUGAUGCUCUACGAUUCACCAGCACAGGUUGAAGUAAAGCACGUGUUGAGUCUGGCUCACCACAAGGUCACCUUGCAAGCUGGCAAGGACGACGAUGAAGACUGCAAGGAAACGAACAUCCUCGAGGCCGACCUAUUCACAAAGAGGACUGCAAUAGUCCUUACACCUGUAGACUUGCCCAAUGGAGCCUUGCAGACUCCAUCACAGAGUCAGGCCAAGCCUUUCUAUCUCUUCACCGCCACCAAUAUUGACAAAGAGGAUUUCUAUCAUGCACUCAUCGCACAUCGAGCCCAUCCGCCAACACCAAAAGCUCUCGAACCAAAUGCGCUGAUCAAGUUGCAGUCGGCCCUUCACUCUUCGUCACUCACCCCGGAGACGAGGGCACUUGAUGCUCUCGUCGGCCGCAUUUUUCUCGCGAUUCAUCGAACAGACACCUUAAGUUCAUUUAUGCGGGGAAAGUUGGAGAAGAAACUGAACAGGAUCCAGAAGCCUGCCUUUAUACCCUCUCUUCUUGUUCAAUCCAUCCACCUCGGCGACGCAGGCCCUGUCUUCUCCAGCCUCAAAUUACGAGAACUCAACAUCGAUGGCGAGAUGGUCCUUUCCGCAGAUAUGAAAUACAACGGCGGCCUUGCCGUCACACUACUGGCUGUCGCCAAGCUGGACUUGGGUACCAGAUUCAAGGUCCGGACUGUUGACCUAGCCCUCAAGACAGUCAUCGAGCGCAUAAGCGGUACGAUGCUGCUUCGUAUUAAGCCUCCACCCUCAAAUAGGCUCUGGUUCUGCUUCGAAAAUGUGCCCGAGCUGGAUGUGCGCGUGGAGCCCAUUGUGAGCGAAAGGAAGAUCACUUACGGAUUCAUCUUACGCGCCAUUGAGGAUAGGGUUAGAUUAGCAUUCAAAGAAGGGCUUGUGAAGCCUAAUUGGGACGAUGUCCCUAUGCCCUUCACUGACACCAGAGGCACCUCUGCGCGUGGUGGAUUGUGGAGCGACCGCGGAGCAACAGACACUGAGGUCGCCUCGGAUGCUGAGCACGCGUUGUCCGAACGCAACGAGAAAACAGCUUCAAUGCCAUCUCUCCCGCAGGGACUGGAUACUGGUGUCUCGUCAGGCGUCAGCCCCGUCCACAGUGGCAUCAGAGGCCGGGAAACCACGUCGGUAGAAGCGGGCACAGACAAGUCUCCCAGACCUCCUCGACCUUUGCGAGCGGCCUCGACAUCAUCAUCCCCUAGCACGGCCGUAGAUGGACAGAAUGUAGAACCAGUUCGAGGUGAAGAUGCAGGGCGUCUUGCACAGCAACCUCGAAGGCUCUGGCGGCCUCGGACUACCACCGCCACCGCUAUAACGAAAGACGCGGCUGAGGAGCUUCGUGACCUGCAGCUCAAAGCUGAGCGGCUUAUGUCUUCUGCGAACGAGAAGGCUGGAGAGGAAGUAGGACGUACAUCCGAUCUGGACCAAAACCUCGACAACGCCACGACACAGAAGAAUAAUGAUGAUAGGUCGAGCAUUCACAGUCCCGAAUCGUCUUCUAAAGGUAGUGCAGCGUCCACACGAACACCGUCAAUGCGCAGUACAGUAUCGAGCACUUCCACUGCAGCGCCAUCGGUCGCAUCCGAAACGACACAUGCGGGCCGUAAAGCAAAUCUGCUUGCAGCAACGGUAAACGCAACGACAGCUGCGAAAAACUGGGGAUGGAACGCGAUACAACGAAAUAGAGGUGCUAUCACGCGUCCAGAACAAAAGCAGGACUUGGUCGCUCAGCAGCCACUAGGACGAGGGAUGCCACUUCCUCCGCCAGGCCAACCACUUCCAGGCCCGCAAAAGGGUCUGUGGGGAAGCGUCAAUAGUCUUCGCCGGCGACCGGUGCCAGGCCCAGGUCCACUCCACGCAGAGCCCAUGCCACCAACCGAACAAGCUACAGAAGAAGAGUUUCAGCCUUUCCAAGAAAACAGCGGUGAACGGCAAUACGACACGCGCAGCGAAUCCUCAAUUGCACGAGGUGUUGUUGACGCCAGCUCACAUUCUGAUCCUGGCGAGCACAACGACAAUGAGCAACGUAAGGAUACAGAGACAUCCGCGGCUGUCAGUAGACGCGAUCGUGAACCCGAUACCAAAGGAGCAUCUACUCUUGACGUUGAACCAAGUCACAAAAAUCCUCCGCCACUCCCCGCACGCCCGCCGAAGAGUGUAGAAUCAGCUGGUCUGCCGCCAAAUUCAUCGUCGCUAUCAGGAUCGCCUUCGAGCACCCGUGCGUCUUCAAAGGAAAGGAUGACAAGGAGCUCACCACUGGAGGCAGAUGACGGGGCGAGCCCCGCCAAACAACCGAAACAUGCGAGAUCUCGUUCAUCAACCAGCUUGCUCGUUGGUUCAACGCCGGCAGUGACGGAUGAAGCGGUUGCAACCACGCCGGUGCCAGCUCUGUCUGCCAUGAACGCACAGUCAACUCCGCAAGACACGCGAGCCGCUGUGUCAACCGCUAGAGAUGACGGAAACAAUUCACUUCGAGCUGCGCAGGUCGCGUCAAACAUACCCAGUUCAGGCGCACAAAAGCAGCAUGACGCUGUCCAAGUGCACAGCGCUACCAAAGAACUGGAUGUUCGAAGUGAGUCAGAACUUCAAAACGACAACAAUGGCGCAGAUAAAAUCUCAGUCCAUUCUCGAAGCAGCAUGGAAGAUCGCAUCCCAGUCCUGGAGAAGGAACGGACAACUGUAGCUCAGCAUAAGACGUCGCCAUCCAUUGGGUUUAGCGAUGGAUGGCCCAGUAAUUGAAAUUCGUUCGCAGCAAUUGCUUAUCCUCCAUUCUAC